AAUGGCAGGUGUUUUAAAGACUGUUGGUGAUUACUUUGAAUUAGAUAAGUAUCAAAAUGAAAUUGCUCCAGUUGUUAAAGAAAAUUACGAUAUGUUGUAAAAGAUGAUAUAGACAAAAGAGAAGGAAUGUUUGAAUAAGAAUUUAGAUAAUGAGUAGAAAUACAUUGAAUGUAUGUAAAAGAAUGCUGAACGAUCAGAAAGAGCAUUAAAAAGACUUGGUAAUUAGAUAAUUAUAAUAAUGAGAAUAUGGGAUUAUGUAUUGGAAAUAAAAAACUUAUGAAUGUUUUCAUAGUGAAGCAUAUAAAGAUAAAGAAAUUAAGAAUUUUGAAAGAUGUAAACCAAUAGCCAAUAGAGAAUUAUCAGAAAUCUUUUCCAGUUUUAGGUUGUGAAU